GUCCCCGGGCGCGCGGCGGGAGAUGAAGACCCUGAAGCCGUGGUGGUCGGCCGGCGGCGGCCUCCUGCACCUCAGCGUCCUGCUGAGCUUGGCGGGGCUGCACGUAGACCUGGACCUCUACCUGCUGCUGCCGCCGCCCACCCUGCUGCGGGCUGAGCUGCUGCUCCUGGGCGGCCCCGCCAGCUCCGCCUACGCGCUCAGCCCCUUCCCCGCCUCGGGAGGGUGGGGGCGCGCGGGCCAGCUGCACCCCAAAGGCCGGGAGCCGGACCCCGCGGCGCCGCCCGAGGGCCAGCUGCUCCGGGAGGUGCGCGCGCUCGGCGUCCCCUUCAUCCCGCGCACCCGCGUGGAUGCGUGGCUCGUGCACAGCGUGGCGGCCGGGGACACGGACGGGGCCCACGGGCUGCUUGGCGCCGCCGCAGCCUCGUCGGCCGGAGGAGUCGGCGCCAGCGUGGACGGCGGCAGCCAGGCUGCGCACGGGGGCGGCGGGGACCCCCGAGCGACUCGGGGUAGCCCCGUGGCCGCCGGGGAGGAGGAGAAGGCUCCCGUGGAACCGACGGCAAGGGUGCCGGACGCCGGCGGAAGCGCGAGCGAGGAGAGUGAGGUACAAAGAGAUAACAAGCAUGAAGCUCUGGAUCACAGUUCCCAGCAUGAGGAAAAUGAGGAAAGGGUGUCAGCCCAGAAGGAGAAAUCACUACAGCAAAAUAAGGAAAGUGAAAACAAAAUAGCAGAGAAACCUGACUGGGAGGCAGAAAAACCCACUGAGUCUAGAAAUGAGAGACAUCUAAGUGGGACAGAUACAUCUUUCUCUCUGGAAGACUUACUGUUGCUUUCAUCACAGCCUGAAAAUUCACUGGAGGGCAUCUCAUUGGGAGAUAUUCCUCCUCUUCCAGGCAGUAUAAAUGACGGCAUGAAUUCUUCAGCACACUAUAAUGUAAAUUUUAGCCAGGCUAUAAGUCACGAUGUGAAUCUUCAUGAGGCCAUGUUGCUGUGUCCCAACAAUACAUAUAGAAGAGAUCAAGUAAUAAGGACUUCACAGGCACAAGAGGCAUUUGUGCAGUUAAAUUCUGAUAUCAAUCCUGAGCAAACCCUUCCUGGAACUAAUUUGACAGGAUUUCUUCCUAUUGACAACCAGAUGAGGAAUCUAACAAGCCAAGACCUAUUAUAUGGCCUUGAUGUAAACAUAUUUGACGAGAUAAACCUUAUGUCAUUGGCUACUGAAGAAGGUUUUGAUCCUAUGGAAGUUUCUCAGCUUUUCGAAGAACCAGAUUCUGAUUCUGGCCUUUCCUUAAAUUCAAGUCACAAUAGCACUUCUGUCACCAAGUCUAAUUCUUCUCAUUCUAUGCGUGAAGAAGGUGCUAGAGGUUAUAGUCGUGACCUUGAUUCUCUCUCCCAUCAUGACCUUCACGGGGCUGUAGGAGGCUGCUACCCAGAACCCAGUGAGCUUUGUCAUGUGGCUCAUAGGAGUGAUUCUGGUUUUCAUGUGGAUCUUGCAUUUCAACACAUACUUCAUAACCACACCUAUCACUUACAGCCAACUGCCCCAGAAUCCACUUCUGACUCUUUCUCAUGGCCUGGAAAAUCACAGAAAAUAAGGAAUAGGUACCUCGAUGACACAGAUAGAAACUUAAGCCGUGAUGAACGACGUGCUAAAGCUCUGCAUAUCCCUUUUUCUGUGGAUGAAAUUGUCCACAUGCCUGUUGAUUCAUUCAACAGCAUGUUAAGCAGGUACUACCUAACAGACUUACAAGUCUCACUUAUCCGUGAUAUCAGACGAAGAGGGAAAAAUAAGGUUGCAGCUCAGAACUGUCGUAAACGCAAAUUAGACAUAAUUUUGAAUCUAGAAGAUGAUAUAUGUAACUUGCAAGCAAAGAAGGAAACCCUUGAGAGAGAGCAAGCCCAAUGUAACAAAGCUGUUAACAUAAUGAAAGAGAAACUGCAUGACCUUUAUCGUGAUGUUUUUAGUAGGUUACGAGAUGACCAGGGUAGGCCGGUCAAUCCAAACCAGUAUGCUCUUCAUUGCAGCCAUGAUGGAAGUGUUUUGAUUGUACCAAAAGAACUGGGGACGUCAGGACACAAAGAAAUCCAAAAGGGAAAGAGAAAAAGUGAGAGAAGAAACUGAAGGUGGACUCCACUGUAUGGAUACAGUAAUGUUCAGGAACCGGGAGUUUUGUUCAAGUGUUUUAUCUUUAAGUACUGCUUGCUACUUGAAUCACUGUUUUGAAGCUUAUAUGAGCAGUUUAGGACUUCAAGAUCACACUCGUGGGGAACUUCAUUAAUAGUUCUGUUCAAAGGAUAGGGUGACAUGAAAACCUGAUGACUUCCAGUAACUUUGGCAGCCUUUUUUCUCAUAAGAUGGUCACUUCAAAGACAAAACAUGGGGAUCUAAUUAAAAAUUAAGAUGUAUUUUUUAUAUGACUAAAAAUUUAAAGUAACCUUAACAUUUU